AUGAUCAAAGAUCGGGCACCCACAUUUGUCAUGGUUGGAGCCUUGCUGGCCAUUCUACCCAUCGGUCUCAGUAUACUUGCGGCAUGUCUACACAAAAGGUGGAGGGCGAAGCAAAGGAGAAAGAGAGAUGCGCUGGCUGUUAGUGGAGAGGGACUGGGGAGUGGAGACGCGGGGAAAGAAACGGCGGAAGGGGACAGGGUACAAGGCGGCGCGGCUGUGAUGGAGAAGGGACAGUGUUUUGAGGGGGAGCAACGAAGUAGUAGCCGCGAUCCGGUCCAUGAAUCGAGUACGGAGAUUAGAUAG